AUGAGAAGACGGGUCUCAACACUCUCAAGAGUAGCCUUCCUCGAGCUUACCAAAAGAAGAAUGUCUGCAACACCCAUGGCCGAUUUCCUCACCAAAAGCCCUUACUCUCCUCCUUCCUGGGCUUCUCAUCUUCGUCCUCUUCCUUCUCACACCUUCUCCCUCGCUCACCGUCCUACUCCGAUCCAUCGAUGGAACCUUCCCGGUCUCCCCGACGGCACCGAACUCUGGAUCAAGCGAGAUGACUUCACGGGAAUGGAAUUGAGCGGAAACAAAGUCAGGAAACUCGAGUUCCUGAUGGCCGACGCCGUGGAGCAAGAAGCCGACACCGUCAUCACCAUCGGCGGUAUCCAGAGCAAUCACUGCCGCGCUACAACCGUCGCCUCUAACUACCUCAAUCUCAACACUCAUCUUAUCCUCCGCACUUCAAAGCUUCUUGCUGAUGGAGAUCCUGGGUUGGUUGGGAAUCUGCUUGUUGAGCGUCUUGUUGGAGCUAAUGUUCAUCUCAUCUCUAAGGAAGAGUAUUCUUCCAUUGGGAGUGAGGCUCUUACUAGUGCCUUGAAAGAGAAGCUGGAACAAGAAGGGAAGAAGCCUUAUGUUAUUCCUGUUGGUGGAUCCAACUCUUUGGGAACUUGGGGUUAUAUCGAGGCAGCAAGGGAAAUUGAGGAGCAGCUUAAAUGUAGAACCGAUGGCCUGAAGUUUGAUGAUAUCGUGGUAGCAUGUGGAAGUGGGAAAGCUGCGUACGGUUUGAUAAAUGCGAUGACCAAGGAUCCCAAAAAUUGGGAGGGAAAGAAGAUAUUGUUCAUACACACUGGUGGGCUUCUUGGGUUGUAUGAUAAAGUUGAUCAAAUGGCUUCUCUGAUUGGAAACUGGAGCCGUAUGGAUGUUCAUGAAUCCGUCCCAAGAAAAGAUGGUGUUGGGAAAAUGUUCUAG